CUUGUUCGGAGCCAACACUACUGUCCUCGGAGGCCAAGAUAUAAACGCCCAGGUGAGCUGUUUUGAUAGACCUGUGUAGAGCACAUUGAAACAUCGGAUCCUACUAUCACAGUGAUUGUCCCAAAGAUCGCUAGCACCCAGCCAUGAUGCCCAUCGAAAACGCCCUGCCGCCAUCUCGCCGAGGUCAGAAGGGCAUCCGAUCAGACAUGAUGACCGACCUUAGGAAGAGAUUGGAAGAAAACCCUUACGACCUCGAAGAGAACCCCAAAGGCAUAAUCGACCUCGGAUCCGCUGUCAACGAGCUAAUGCUUGAUGACCUGUCCGGGUGGACAAAACGGAACGUCAAGAAAGGCCAGCUGAGGCACACUCCUGGCUGUAAAGAUCAGCAGGACCACCCAAGCCUACCGAAAGUCGCUGCCGAUUUUAUGAACGAACACUUUAGAGUCCGCCUCCCACUUACCAGCGACAACAUUCUGGCGGCGAACGGAGUGACGACACUACUGGACAACCUCAUCUACAACAUCACCAACGAAGGAGACACGAUCCUCAUUCCCACACCCAGUUACGGCAUGUUUGCCCAGGACGUCUGGACAAGGAACGGCGUACGUGUUGUCGAAGUCCCGUGUGACGACAUCCACGAAGAGCGGUUCUGGGGCCCCCCACCACAAGAUGACAGCCCCGUCCAGACUCCAGAAGUGGUCAGGCGUCUUGAGGUCGCGAUAGAGGACGAGCUGAGCCGGAAAGGCAGAGUCGGGGGCAUCGUCCUGGUCAACCCCGACAACCCGCUGGGCCGAUGUUACGCCGCCCACGUGCUGCUGCAAGUGUCGCAGCUUUGUGCGAGACACAGGAUUCAUCUGAUCGUCGAUGAGAUAUACGCGAUCAGCGCCGGGGAUCGCUUCUCAAGUGUCUUGAGCCUCGGUCUUGACGUCAACUUCAGAAACGUCCACGUCCUCUGGGGUCUAAGCAAGGAUUUCGGUCUCAGUGAUCUCAGGGUCGGCUUUCUGGCAACGUACAAUGUGCUGGUUUACGAGGCGAUGAGGGCGUUAACCAUGUUUGGGCAGGUGUCGUCCUUCAGUGCAACAGUGGCAGCGACUCUGUUGUCUGACACAAAGUACCUGAGGAACCACUAUCUACCGUCAUUCCGCCGCCGCCUGGACAAGAGACGAAAGAUGGUCGAGGAGACACUCGAUAACUAUGAGAUCCCACACGUCAAGCCAGAAGCUGGCUUCUUCGUCUUCGUUGACCUGUUCAAGUGGGUGGAGCUGUACCUCCAGAAGCACGGCAAGGGGGGCGACUUGGCUUUCCUCGAGUACUUGAUGAAGCAGCGCGUCUUUCUCGAGCCCGGCCUGGCACUCUUCUCCCAACGGACCGGCUGGUUCCGGCUCAACUUUGGCGGCGAGAAGGAACGUUUCAAGCUGGGCCUCCAGAGACUUCUGCACUGCCUGAGGUCGCUCGACGGCCAAGAGCACCAUGAACCUUUCACCCAGGCCCCGGAACUGUAUUUCCCGCCACCCAAAGCGAUGGCCCAUUUCCUGGCCGUGUAAAAAGGCGAUGACUACAAGGUCGGCCGGCUUGGCGGGAACUCAUCACUUGAAUCAAGCGUGAGUUCUGCCAGCCGAUGUGCAUGGCGCAUUGCCCCGGCUUUCGCGUUUUGGUGUUCAGCGAUUGGUGGAACUGGCUGGUGGAUCAAUGGUCCUGACCGAGUCGCCGGGUAUCCUUUUGUCUGGGAUUUGUCCUAUCUUUUCGUGUUCGUCCUGUUUCGCGUCGAUCUCAGAAUUGUGGACCGAAACGUGUGAUCAACGUUCAAAAUAACUUUAAAGAUCAUUGUAUUCGCAUAGCGACGCAGCCGCCCUGCAAGUGGAAUGGAACACCCAUGGGGACUUGGCUGGGCGUGUCUGGGUAUUCUGGUACAAAAAUAGUCGUAAAAUACAAC